UAUGUAAGGGAUACACAGUUUCUCAUCUUGAUUUGGAGUUACUCGAAAGUUUACUGCCGUUUAUUUUAACAACCUGUCUGUAGAAACAUUUUAAAGAAAAGCUUCGUUUUUUGCCAAAGAACUGCCUUCCUAUCGUAAAACUAAUUGAAGACUGACCUUAACCACUGCCAAGGACCACGCUUUUGUUGGUUAAUAUUCAACUGCAAAAGCGCUUGCCGUGCCUCAGGAGCAAUUUGGAAAUGAGACUACACUAGCAGCCCAGACACACGGACAUGGGCUCGGGUACAAGCCGAGGAAAAAGAGUCGCACCUGCUUGUGUCAGCGAGGUAAACGUGACCAAAACGGGGACCGAUGUCGCUUCACCUCAAAAGGACAGCCGUCUGUUCAAGCCUCUUAAAAUGCACUCAGUUUUGCGCAAUGUGCGUAACCGCGCGCAACCUGACUGCCACAGCGAAGGGCAGGAUUCGGACUUUUCUGGGAAUGAGGAGGAUAUUGAUGGAGAACUGGACACAGUUAUGGCAGAUUACACAGAAAGAGAGAGCGCUUCGGUAAAGAAGACCCCUCCGAAGAAGACAUUCAUCAGAUCCAAAACAUACGGACUGUGUCAUUUCAGCCAGGAGGACGCUGAAGACGACUUCAGCUCUGCUCCGAGGCUCCGAGCGUCAGGAAGAGACCAAGAGCCACGUGUCGCACACAGUGUGUCAAGAGAUGUAAACAAGAAGGGCAACUCUGCCUUCGCACACGUUAAAAAGCACACAUCUGGGUGUACCACCGAGCACAAUUCCUCCUCACAGGGCUGUUUGACAACAGAGGCUUUGUCGGAAGACGUCCCCACAUCAGAACAACAACCGACGUUUGAUAGCUGCCAUGGCUCUUCUCUCACCACGCCAGUCAUCCUGUACGAUGGAUCAGAAGAGGAGCUGAUGGAUACCAUUGAAAGAGAGUUUAGUUGACCCUCCGAGCUAAGAAAGCUCUUUUAGCAAGCUCUCAUGACAGGAAACCGUUUGUAUUCAAAGAAAGGGAACCAGGGUUUAUUCUGACAAAUUUCCUGCUUGCUGGAAAGGCUGCACAAUCUGUAUUUAUGCAGGGUUGCCAGGAAAAAAAAUAAUGAACACAGUCUGUGUUGAACUUAAAACAGCAUCACUCCCAGUCUGUGCAUUUAGCCAAGUCUUAUUUAACAAGAUGCAGCAGUAAUUGCAGAGUUAAAACACCAGCUUGAAUAUGUGCUAGGAAGUUCUCCUCACACUCAAGGGUUGGGUUUCUGAAGCAGGUAGGGUGUUACUGUCCAGCUCGACUCCUACUGAGCACUCAUUUGCUACCUAUUACUAACAUGGUUUAACAUGUCUGUUUAAUGAGACAACACAGACCCUUUCUGCCAGUUCUGUAAAUGUCAGCAGGAGAGGUACAUGCUUGUGAUCUUUUAGCAGUAAAGAUGGACUUGUUUCCACCAGCGGUUUUGUGUGAGCAUAAAGUGUUCAGGGCUUCAGUUUCUCAUGUAGCAAACCCUGCCAAGGUAUGAGCAGAGAAUGUUUACCUAACAUUUCCUUCCUGACCGCAGCUCCUGCACUUUCUCCACCCUGCGAGAAUGUGGCUACAGAGAGACUUUUAGUUGGGCAAAGUCUCUGUUUCUGCUGACACAAUUCAGCCAUUGAAACACUUCAAAAUAAAAGCCUGCUGCCACUUAGUGGCAGAAUGCAGAAGUUGUGUGCAUAAAUACAAACGUGAAAUUUUAUCAAACUUUUUAGAGGAAAUUUCCAAUAUGAAAAUUUGGAAGCAGAGUUUAAAAAAAAUUUGUGUGUGUUUGAAAUAAAAAAGCAGAAAAUGUCGAGUUGAUGGUCAUGUGACUACUCUGGGAGAAAACGUGUCUGUAGCUGCUCUGUUCUGCUGACUGAGUUAUCUGCGUAUUGUAAUAAUCUGCAUCAGGCAAAUCAAAGUGUCAAUCUGUCAUUUAUUCAGCGCAGUCAUCGCAGGGACUGUAGGCAGACUGUACAAAAUAAAAUAUUAAUUUGUAAAACAAUAAAGGAGAAAUAUAGCACUUUAAACAGCAUGGCAUUCAAGGUCUUUUUAGCUAGUCAUUUGCUUCUUCAAAGGCCUGUAGAAAGAGAUCCUUCUCUGUAAGAGCUUCAGUAGCUUGCGAGGCAGGAGAGGAAGUUGAUUUCGGAGCACCUCGUUGUUUCUCACAUUCUUUGCAAUGUAAUCCUCACAAAUCCUGUCAGGAGGAGGAAAAGAAAGCCUGUCAAUUCUCAUUUCUAUUUUGGGAGACGAAUGCAUAUUUAAAGUAACGUGCCCUACAAAGCAGCAGAUACUUAGGACAGCAGAUAUUUUACUUGUCUCUAACAGAGCUGCUGCAGGACAAACUUGUUUGUAGCAAUAAAGUGAGAAUCACGGUAGGUCAGGCAAGGCUGAUGGCGCCUGUGAAAACUCCGCCUCCAUCCCACUUUACAUCCUAUUCAUUUUGCAUCGGACUUAAUAAGUGCUGCAAUGCUCUGUGUCGUACAAGGGAUCUCGCUUUUACUUUUCUUGCCUUAGUUUUUUCAUGCAAGUUCCCAAAUUGGGCCAUGCUCCCCCUUCUUCUUCAGUUGCUCCCUUUAGGUGUCACCAUAGCAGGUCAUCUCACCCUAUGCUUAGCAUCCACUUCCACCACACCAACCCUCUGCAUGUCCCCUUUCACUACAUCCAUCAAACAUAUGGGUCAAACUCAAAUUACUGCAGAUGGAAACAAACAUCUUUUGACCUCGGUGGUCCUUCCUGAAGUCAUUUAUUUCCCUUUUCUUCAAGUCAGAAUAUCUGCACUCCAAAAUUGUUAGUAUUUACUUUCUUUGUAAAUAAAAUGACAUCUUGCUGGUAAAGAUAUCACAGAAAGU